AUGCCCUCCUAUUCUACACCUCCUGCUCCCCACGACUCUCCUGCUCUACAGCAUUUUUACCACGGAUCGCCUGUACAGGCGUGUGAAUCAGACCGACCCGCAGAACAGCCCAAAUCCCCAGCGGUUGUGUCACCAUCCGAUUCAAUCUCCAUCUUCUCCUCCUCUUCCUCCUCGUCCCCUGGCCCAUCUGUGCACUUGCCGGCGGAGUCGGUUGAAGUCCAAGUGCAAAACUCCGGGAGUCAUUGUCAGCAGUCAGUCGAAACGGAGGGCGAGGUAUCAACCACCUCGUCAACCUACUUCUACCUACGCGUGCGCAACCACCGUAAAGAGGAGGUGGAGGAGCAAACAGCCAAUCAAAGGCCUGUAGUUUCGUCGUCUAUUUCGACUGACAUCAGUGGUGUUGCGAGACCUCCGGAGGAGGAGGCGGAGGAAACUGGGGAUGAGAGGGAAGUUGUACCUGACGAGACAGCCAGUGAGGUAGCUACAGAACUGCAUUUAUCGCCCGUCACUUUGGACAGGGCCGAAGUUACUGUGACUACACGCAAAAGGUGA